AUGCCUGCGUCUAGCGCGGCUACCGAAAGAAGUUUCAGUAUAUAUGGUUUCAUACAUUCUUCAAGAAGAAACCGACUGACAGCUGAGGGAGCCGGUAAAGUUACUUUCAUAGCUCCUAAUCUAAAACUAUUGGACCAGGAUCAGGUAUCAGCGACGUCCACGCGGUCCAAAUAUGAAGAAGAGGUGUACUUUGCACUGCCAGCCGAAGGAGGGUCUUGA